UUUAUAAAUUUUGUUUGUCAUUUUCGUAGCCGCUUGUCAUCGUCCAGCAAAUUUUACUUUGUCUCAAAAACGAAAAGAUUGUUUAGUGAAUUUAGUAAUAAAAUAUCAAAAACAUGGCGUUUAUGGGUGAUACGAUGAAUCCGGCGCCUCUUUGGCAUAAUGGUCCAUCUCCGGGAGCGUUUUACAAUUUCCCUGGAAACUCCUCCACAUUCGGUCCUGGGAGCCACUCAGCUUCAGAUUUCAGAGCACAUUCAGCUGCCCCUAUUACAACCACCACCACAGUCAUCGGAGUGAAGUUUGACAAAGGUGUGGUGAUCGCGGCCGACACCCUGGGUUCAUACGGCAGCUUGGCCAGGUUCCGUGACUGUCCCCGUGUGAUGAAAGUCAAUGAUCUCAUACUUCUUGGUUCUGGUGGGGAUUAUGCUGAUUUCCAGUACUUGAAGGACAUUAUUGACCAGAAAAUUAUCGAUGAGAAGUGCAUCGGCGACGGACUGCAACUGAAGCCGCGCUCGCUUCACUGCUGGCUCACACGGGUGCUGUACAACAAACGUAGCAAGAUGGACCCUCUCUGGAGCAACUAUGUCGUCGCUGGGAUUCAGGACGGAGAGCCUUUCCUAGGUGCGGUGGACAAGCUAGGCACAGCGUAUGAAGACGCUGCCAUCGCAACCGGCUUGGGAGCAUACAUGGCCACUCCGCUUAUACGAGAUGCCCUCGACAAAGGGGGACUGGAUGAACAGGGUGCUAAGGCCCUAGUCCAAAAGUGCCUCGAAGUUUUGUACUACCGCGACGCGCGCGCCUUCCAGCGCUACCAACUGGGCGUGGUGACGGCGGCCGGGGUCCAGGUGCAAGACCUGGCCGAGAUAACUCCGCGCUGGGAGCUGGCGCACAUGAUCCAUAUGAAGUGAAUAAAUUGAGUUU